AUGGCCACCCGUACGGCACAUGUCUCGAAGGUUCACCUCUGUAAAAGUGAAGCAUCACUGCGGAAUGGCAAGUGUACAAAUAUCUUUCCUGCGCCGCGGCGCCCCUUCUCCUUCUGCCAGAACCUCACCACGCUCGAGGUUGUCAACGCCGACAACACGCCUCCAACCCCCUUGUUCUCCCUCUUCCCUAUGAACGAUGGUGCUCGGAAGUGCAUCGAAGACCCAGCCAACGCCCAUCUGAUCCAUACUCGAUCCGACGAUUCACGCACCGGCAUCCUGCUCGAUUUCAGGAGAGCUUCGAAGACCCCGGGGUGCAUCAUCAGCUUUGGCAAGGAAGGAGACGUCUGCGUGUCGGGAAGCCGGAUAUCGGGCAUGCAGUGCCAGUUCAUCCUGAACGAGACGACACACGAGAUCAUCUCGAGAGAUCGUUCAGCAUACCAAAGCACGCUGCUGACGAACAGCUUGUCGUCGAAACAGCUGCUUCGUGGUGUCCCCCGCCAACGUGUGAUUCGCAGGCCCGACAACCUGACUAUCGGCAUGGGAGGCGUGAACGGCGAUUUGGUGAAGUUCGACCUCGCGUGGGCCUCGCUCGACGAUGAGGCCCGUUUCAAUGCAGAACAAGUUGCGCAGGACUUCGCGGAGCUGCCCAAAAAUCCACGAUUCGCAAUCACGCGCAACGAUCGAGACACCGAACGCGACCGAUACGAAAUGCGAAUGCAAACCCCCUGGGAUUCGACGAGGCUCACCCACCGGAAACUGAAGCAACUCGGGCAGGGCAGUUUUGGUAUCGUGUACCAGACCGUAGACCUGCACGCAGGCGACCACCUGGCGGUCAAGAUCAUUCGCACGGAUAAGACCCAGAGCCCAGAGACACACUGCGAUACGAGCAUCGAGAUUUUCAUGACUUUGUACGACGGCAGCCUUUCGAGUCUGCUGUGGCAGGGUCGCGAGUUCUCGAACGAUAGCCGUCUGGCCGCCGACCUGCUCAAGCAGAUGCUGAAGGGGAUUAUCUACCUGUCAGAGCAGAGCAUCGUCCACCGAGACAUCAAGCCGGCGAGUAUUCUUUUCGCGCGCAGCCCAGCAGGCCAAUACCAGUGGCGUCUUUGCGAUUUCGGACUAGCAAAGUUCGUGGACAACGAGCAAACGGAUGUCGGCUCGGGCCACUUUCGCGCACCAGAGGUGGUCUCUGGGGGCCCUCAAGGCCACAAAGUGGAUGUCUACUCCCUGUGCAUGACGAUGCUCUACGUCGUGGGGUCAGCGGAGUUGCGAAGGCUGUUUGCCGACACCACUCGGGUGCUCUUGGAGUGUGAGGAGUUUGCGGAGGCUGUGAAUGCCGCACCGAGACUUCGUCCGGGGCUGUACCAUGAGCUGGAGAAGCGUCCGACAGGCCAGCAGAUGUACAUGGACAUCUUCGGCCGGGAGGACGAGGGGCUUGGGGCUGGCUCGGAGGAAUCUGCGAUGGACGGCGUAGCAGGCAGCUCUCGAGCCCACAUCUUUGGCGAGCCUGUGCGCAAAGCGGACACGGGUCCGCGCGACGUGGUAAGACGAGGGAGAGUUGCAAAACCAGGACGCAGGGCGAGUUUGUGGCGGAAGUAAGAUUCAUCAAACCACUGCCGGCGAUUGGUGUGCUCUCAACGGUCUUCUUCAACCCAUCGCCGCUUCUUGUUCGCUACCGCUGCUCGACUUACAGCCAUCAUCUGGAGAAGAUUUGUUCAGAGCUCGCAAUAGACAUAGAAUGGGUUGAUUGCGGACAUAGCUACCUAGGUAGAUA